UCAGUUUGUCUGACGGACCGCGUUUAAACACGCACCCCUCCUCGUCUUCAUCUCCUGCAGCAGCACGCGCUUCGGUACUUCACUUCACUGUGGUUUUUUCAAGUUUCAGCCGCCAUUAACGCUCAGCUGCAGCCGAGAGAGCUGCAGCGGCAGCUCAAGCGGAGCAACGAUGAGCGGGAGCGGCGGAGGCGGAGGAGGAGGAGCCGGCGGGGACGGCGCGAGGGCGCUGGACCAGACGCCGACGUGGGCCGUGGCGGCCGUCUGCGCCGUCAUCGUCGCCGCCUCCAUCCUCCUCGAGGGCCUCCUCCACCACCUUGGCCAGUGGUUCAGCAAGAGGAGGAAGAAGGCGCUGUUCGACGCGCUGGAGAAGGUCAAAUCCGAGCUGAUGACGCUGGGGUUCAUCUCGUUGCUGCUCAGUGUCACGGGGAGGUACAUAUCGCGCAUCUGCAUCCCGGUGGGAGCCGCGGACACCAUGCUUCCCUGCAGCCUCCGGAGGAGUUCUUCAGAGCAGGAGGUGCCCGGUGGUGGUGGCCAUGGCCGGCGACACCUAUCUGGAGAUCCAACCAAUUUUAAAUGCGCCAAAGGUAUGGUGUCGCUUGUUUCAGCUGAUGGGCUUCACCAGCUGCAUAUCUUCGUGUUCUUCCUGGCAGUCUUUCAUGUCGCAUUCAGUGCUAUUACAAUGUCUCUGGGUAGAGCAAAGACACGUAUAUGGAAGGAGUGGGAGAAGGAGACUUGCUCCCUUACCUACGAGUUUUCAUAUGACCCCUCAAAGUUCAGGCUUACUCAUCAAACGUCUUUUGUGAGGCAACAUGCAAGCUGUUGGAGCAAAAGUACUAUUCUGCUCUAUUUUGUGAGCUUCUUUAGGCAGUUCUUCAGAUCUGUUAGAAGGACAGACUACCUGACUUUGAGGCACGGAUUCAUUGCUGCUCAUUUAUCUCUAGGGACUAGGUUCAAUUUUCGGAAAUACAUCAAAAGGUCACUGGAGGACGAUUUUAAGACAGUUGUUGGCAUUAGUGCACCCUUAUGGGCUUCUGCGUUGGCCAUUAUGCUCUUCAAUGUUCAUGGAUGGCAUAACUUGUUCUGGUUCUCUACAAUCCCCCUUGUAGUAACUUUAGCAGUUGGAACAAAGCUGCAGGCUAUAAUUGCAAUGAUGGCUGUUGAAAUUAAAGAGAGGCAUACAGUAAUUCAAGGAAUGCCGGUGGUGAAACUCAGUGAUGAACAUUUUUGGUUCGGGAAGCCACGUCUGGUUCUUCAUCUUAUCCAUUUCGCGUCAUUUCAGAAUGCAUUUGAAAUUACAUACUUCUUUUGGAUUUGGUACGAAUUCGGGUUGAGAUCCUGCUUCCAUGACAACUUUGAGCUUAUCAUCGCCAGAGUCUGCCUUGGGGUUGUCGUUCAAUUCAUGUGCAGCUAUAUCACACUUCCACUCUAUGCUCUCGUAUCUCAGAUGGGUUCACAGAUGAAGAGAACGAUUUUCGACGAGCAGACGGCGAAGGCCCUGAAGAAAUGGCACAAGGCAGCAGUGGUGAAGAAGAAGCAGCAGAAGGGGUCAUCCCAUGAGCCAGGUUCAGAGACACCGGGCACGGAGACGACGACGACGACGGCGACGGCAACGGAGGAGAGCCAGCGAGAACGCGACGCCGCGGCCAUGCCGGUGCGCCACCUCCACCGCUACAAGACCAUCGCCCACGUCGGCGCGACGGGGACGCUGUCCGACUCGGACUGCUCCGACACGGACACGCCGUUCGCGUCGCCGACGAGGCUCCUGAUACCGCCGACAAAGCAGCGGAGCCUCGACGCCGGGAGGGCGGAGGUGCGCGUGGACGUCGACUCGACGCCGACGCCGACACCACCGGAGCGCCAUGACAGCUUCUCCUUCCCGAGGUUGCCUGCUCACAAUUUGCAGCAGAAAUGACCAAAUGAUCAUCCAUCCUAAGUUCCUAACCAUCAGUAGUAGUAGUAGCAGCAUCAACUAUACAUGUAAUUGAAAUUGAUGGUGGUGACAAGUGUGUGUAGAGCAGUGGAGUCUGAAACUUGGUGCUGUCCCAUUUGGUCCAGCUCCUACUCUGUGGGUGGAGCGGAGCUGAGAAAAUGCCAUUUCACGUACUUCCUCCGUUUCACAAUGUAAGUAAUUGUAACAUUUCUCACAUUUAAAUUGAUGUUAAUGAAUCUAUAUAGAUAUAUAUGUCUAGAUUCAUUAACAUCAAUAUGAAUGUGGGAAAUACUAGAAUGACUUAUAUUGUGAAACGGAUGAAGUAUAAUUUCCGGUUUGGCAGCUGUUUGGCAGCUCCACUCUAAUACUUUAUGUUAUCCAUGAUUUUGAAAGUGUUUGGUACAGAGCCACAGAUAUAAGAA